AUGAACAGAUGGGAAUGCCUGCUGAAACGUGCUCACGUCACUUUGUACAACACUGGCGAAGACCUUAUGUCAUCGUUGCUGCUGCUAAUAUCUUUGGAUCGAUUUGUAGCCAUGGUGUCGACCGAAAUGUACGGCAAGUUGAGUCGAAAAACCGUACUUUUGCUGUUGAAUUUAGUGGUGAUGUCGGCGCUGAUCGACGGCCUUUUCAUUUGGACGUACAUACUAUUGGACGGUGGUGAAAUGGUGUCGGCAAUGUGCCUUCAAAACAGUGUUGUUCCUCGUCUUCAGUACUUCAUCCACGUCUACUUCAUGUUGUUUGCUAGUUACGCCAGUGUCGUCAUUUACGUGGCAGCCAUCAUCUGUUCUCGAAUGCAACGGCAAGCUGACGUGUACAGUUGGCAGUUGAAACGGGAGAUGAUCGUCACAAAACGCCUGGCGUUCAUCAUCAUCAGUAACUUCGUUCUGAACGCCGUUCCUCUUACUGUAUUCACCUCGGUCAAAUACGAAUCGAACAUCUUUGAAGUACUGAAUUUGUUCAUCUGGCGUCUCACGUCCCUCGAUCAGAUCAUGCAAAUUCUCCUGUAUGCAUGGCUCCAUCCAGAUGUUCACAAGUGCAUGGCAAAUUUAUUCCGCAGUCUAUUGCGACAAAAUCAGAUACAGCCGCAGGAGCAAACUGAUUGCAUGUGA